GCCCUUCUGCCAUGACGCCGCCUCACCGCCUUCCCGUCGGCCGCUCCGCCGUGCAGCGCCCUCUCCAGAAGAAUCCAUCGCCGGCUUCACCUCGUCUCCCCAGUUCGGGCCAUGUGUCGAGUCAGCUUGCCCCUCCCUGGCCGUUCAAUCCCCAAGAUACUGCCCUAAUCCGCGCCGGCUAUCGUCCCGCUUUCAACCCCACCACUACUGCCACUCCCGAGCAGUCGCAUACCGUCGAGAACGACAACCAAGACCCUCCGAACCAGGGGAAGAAGAAGAAGAAGAACCCGCCCAAGAUGGCCGAACCCAGAGCUCGCGCCGCCCGUCACAAGGGCCAGAUGAACUUUUCGUCUGAGCUCCGCCUCCUCCUUCUCGCCUACGGUGAUCCCAGUCCCCACCCGUCCUUCCCCUCCGAGCCUCUGCCCGAGACUGUCCGCGUCCUGGACGAGAUCGUCACCGACUUCAUCCUGGAAAUGUGCCACGGCGCCGCUCAAUAUGCCAGCUACUCCCGCCGCCAGAAGAUCAAGGUCGAUGACUUCCGCUUUGCGCUGCGUCGCGACCCCAACAAGCUGGGUCGUGUGCAGGAGCUGCUGCGCAUGGAGCGCGAGCUGAAGGAGGCGCGGAAGGCGUUCGAUCAGAAUGACGAUCAGGUGGGAAAUCUGAAGGACGCGGGUAAGAAGGGCCUGGAGGAGUUGGGGGAGGGUGCGGAUGGUAAGAAGAGUAAGGGGAAAGGCAAGAGAGGCGCCAGACGGGACUCCGAUGCCACGGAGGAUACUGCGCCGAAGAAGAGAAAGGUUGCGGGAUGAAUGAUUUCUUCGGUCUCGGUCUCUUCAGUGCUGCAUUUGUUUUUCUUUUUCUCUUUUCUAGGAGCAGGCGUUCUCGGAUGAUUGGACAUGAUGGGCUUUUUGUAACAUGGAAAUACCACUAUCUGCAUGGCAGGGCGUUGAGAGCAUGAAUUCAAUAGAUUGACACAUUCGAAAUACUUCAAUUCAAUGGACAGGAUCAAUGGAUUUU